UCAAGUCGAAAACCUGCUAUUCACCCAGCUACUGUUUACUUGAAUGGCAAAGCAUAUGGAAACCCGGGGCCGCUUCAGUUUGACGGUCCAGGGGCAGAUGCCAAAGCUGUGACUUCGUGCGUUGAAGACCAAGAUUACAUGGGCAGAAUGCAGGAAUACUUGGACAAGGUUCGUACCAUAGUGAAACCAGGUUGUUCGCCUGAAGUUCUCAAGGCUGCUUUGAGUGUAAUGGCUCCAGUGACAGAGGUUCUUACCACCAUGUCAUCAACUCCAUCCAAAUGGCCUCAUCUCCCUGUAGAGAGACUGACUGUCCUUUCUUGCAUAUUUGGGAUGGAGUUUUCGAACAGAGUGACAGAAGAACACUUGCCUUUUUUUCCUUGUCAUUUCCUUUUUUGAGAGGCAG